CUGCAGGUCCGCCGGUAAACGUAACCUGCAACAUUUUUAUCAACAGUUUUGGGUCCAUCGCUGAAACAACAAUGGACUACAGAGUGAACAUCUUCUUGAGACAGCAGUGGAACGACCCUCGGCUGGCCUACAGCGAGUACCCCGACGAUUCGCUGGACCUGGACCCCUCUAUGUUGGACUCCAUCUGGAAACCGGACUUGUUCUUCGCCAACGAGAAAGGGGCCAACUUCCACGAGGUCACCACCGACAACAAGCUGCUACGCAUCUCUAAAAACGGCAACGUGCUGUACAGCAUACGAAUAACACUGAUCCUGGCCUGUCCCAUGGAUCUGAAGAACUUCCCUAUGGACGUCCAGACCUGCAUCAUGCAGCUGGAGAGCUUCGGCUACACCAUGAACGACCUCAUAUUCGAGUGGGAUGAGAAGGGAGCCGUGCAGGUGGCCGACGGCCUCACGCUACCUCAGUUCUUACUCAAAGAGGAGAAGGACCUGCGCUACUGCACCAAGCACUACAACACAGGUAAAUUCACCUGUAUCGAGGCUCGGUUCCACCUGGAGCGUCAGAUGGGCUACUACCUGAUCCAGAUGUACAUCCCCUCGCUGCUCAUCGUCAUCCUGUCCUGGGUGUCCUUCUGGAUCAACAUGGACGCCGCGCCCGCCCGGGUGGGUCUGGGCAUCACCACCGUGCUGACCAUGACCACGCAGAGCUCUGGUUCCAGAGCCUCCCUGCCCAAGGUGUCCUACGUAAAAGCCAUUGAUAUCUGGAUGGCCGUGUGUCUGCUGUUUGUGUUCUCGGCCCUGCUGGAGUACGCCGCCGUCAACUUCAUCGCCCGCCAACACAAGGAGCUUCUGCGCUUCAGACGGAGGCGACGACACAUGAAGGAGGAUGAGACAGGCGAGGGGCGCUUCAGCUUCCCCGGCUACGGCAUGGGCCCCGCCUGCCUGCAGGCCAAAGACGGCAUGGCCAUCAAGGGCAACAACAACAACGCGCCGGCCUCGGCCGCGCCCGAGAAGACCAUCGAGGAGAUGAAGAAGCUGUUCAUCGGCCGGGCCAAACGCAUCGACACGGUGUCCCGCGUGGCCUUCCCGCUCGUCUUCCUCAUUUUUAACAUUUUCUACUGGAUCAUUUACAAGAUCAUCCGCAGCGAGGACAUCCACAAGCAGUAGUGGAGAGGCGGAGGAGGAAGAGGAGGGCGAGAACAGUGCGAAGAGGAGAAUGCAGAGAAACAAAAACGAGUGUAGGAAACAGCGAGAGAUGACUUCAAUCGAAGAUUAUUAUUGCCCCUUUUUUUCACGCCAACCACGCCUCCUUUCCUUGUCUUCUUCCUUCAUCCUCUUCCUCGUUUGGUCGAGGAGAAGUUGCUUUUUGUGGCAGUCGCCUUCCUCAACCCCACCUGACACCUACUAGAUAUUAUUUGAGACGUUUCUUGCUUUUUUUUCCCCUUAUUCUCCUCUCCUGCCCCAAAAUCCCAACUCAUUCCGGCUCUUUACACCUCCUGAAUAAUCCGGACCAGUGCAAUAGCAAUGCAGUAAAAUGCAUGAUAUAUGAAUGUGGCAAUAUAUUACUGAAAAGAUGAACAUUUUUAAAUUAAACACAGACUUUUGUGAGGCACACCCGACAAACUGUGUGGGUGUGGACGGGCUGGAAAGAAGGAAGACGAGAGAGUCUUGUAAAGAGUCUUGUAUUUGAUUUUAGGGUUUUCUUUUUUGUGUGAAGACAGAUAUAUAGUUCUAUAUGAAAAAAAAAAGAGAUGUUGGGACAGGGGUGGGGGGACGUGCCAGACGCAUACAACAGUGUAAUAUACUCAUUUAUCUGUCAUAAAUGGGAGAAAAAAAAAAAAAACUUUAUUUGCUAAGACAGGCAUCUGGAAAUGAGGGGGGUUUUCAACCCCAAAAAAAGGAAAGGAAGGCGGAUCGGUGCUUCCAUUUCUAAAGCGAUGCGAGGAUCACGCAUUCUAUAUAUCUCGAUUUGCUUCAAACGUGUAUUGCAAGCACUCCUCAGCGCUUUUCCUCCCCGCCCCCCGCCGCCAACACCACGAAACCUUGAACUGCAGAGACACUUGAGGUUCGCUGCUUCCGCUGUCAAUCAUACGACUGGACGAAAAGAGAGAGGAAAAAAAAAUCAUAAUUUCAAGAAACACUGUACGAGCAGUGCUGUAGAUUUUGAGACAAAAUAUCUCAUUUAUCUGUGGUCAACGUGUUCCUCUACCUGUCCUUCAUUUAUUUUUUCAUAUUGCAUCAGUUGUUCUUUUUGGUUUGUAUCUUUGAUUUAUGUGCCAAGUGAACACGUCGCUUGUGGCUGCUCCUCGCGGACUUCUUCAGUUUAUUUUAUUUUUGGGGGGGGGGUUUAAAUCCCUGAGACAUUAGUUUGUUUUCAUCGACUGGAGCGAAUCGAUCCCGGACAGAGUCAAAUGAAGAUCCUCGUUUGCGUUCCUCGUUGUGUUCGUCGGGACUGAGCCACAGAUAUGUUUACAUCUUAUUAGUGCUUCCUUGCUUUGACCCGCCUUAAUGUGACACCCCACCCUUUCCCCAGCUGAGAGGACAUAUGUAGUAAAUUAAACAGAUUAUAGCACCUGUUAUACCUUAAUUAACUGUAUUUCAAUCUCUCAUUCACACGCAACAACUGUAGCUGCAAACGCCAUCUUUUAUGAAAAGCUGCAUCAUCAUGCACAUGGAGUAGAAAAAAACUGAUUUAUUUUUUGCCAUAGCCAUGUUGGACAGGAUUUGAUCAUUCUGCAGGUCAUUUGGUUUGAUUGACAAUUUAUCAGAUGACAUUUCUCUAUUUUACUUUGCGCCAGGCUUCUCUAUGCAAUGAUCAGUAUAUGCAAUUAUAGUUUUUAUUUCCUUCCUUUCAGCAACUCCCAUCUCCAAAACGCAACCUUUCUGUGAGUUGUCAUCUGGCUCAUUCAUCCCACUGUUAUAUAGUCGGUCAAUAUUAUUGGUAAAUGUGCAAGCAAUAGAGAAGCCAAAAGGGAUCAAACACAGUGAUGAAGUGGCAGCCUGUCUGGGGACUUUGACCCAAAAAUUGCCCAAAAAUUGCUACGCACUUAUUUCUUUCAUAAACACCAGAAAAUUACAGAGAGGUUUUAAUGCAAGCGGGGGUGAAACAGACAUUUUCCAAGUUUGUAGCAGAGCACGACAAAACGUAAAAUGAACAAUGCAUACUUAGUUUUGUACUGAGUUUAAGAUGUAUUCUUUUUUCAGUGUCUGUCCUCAGUUUGUUCAUUUAAAAAGUGUGUUCAGCUAGGCUAUUGGCCUCCUGGCUCCUAAACACACACCAGAUUGGUAUUGAUCUUCUCAUCUAACUUUCCGAUAGAAAAUGAAUAAUUAAAUUUUCCAAAAUGAUGAACUAUUCCUUCACCAAACGGUGUUCAAUGAGCCACUUCACUGCAACCGUUUGCUCUUGUCUGCAAAGAAUAGGGUUGGGCAUUGUUGGAUUUCAACAAUUCUGAUUCCAAUUCCG